AUGAAAUAUUUUCAAGUGGUGGAAGGAAAGCUUUUUUGUUUUCAUGAUCAUCGGAGCAAGGUCGUUUCAUCAGAUAAACAAGAAAUAGGGGAUAUCAGAGAGGAAUGGAUGGAAUGGAACGGAGAAAAUGAUUUUAUUCUUUCUGAAAAUUAUAAUGUAAAACAAAUAUAUCCUCCAAACUGUAAAGCGAUGAGAAUUUUUAAAGUAGCCAAUGUGUCCUUAGGAUUAAGUCAAUUAUUUUUAUUGACCAUAAACUCCUCUUUGGAAUUGUCAUUAUUUGUGAAAGCUGCUGGAAAAAUGAAUGAAGAAUGGACGAAAUGUUUGGAAUUGAAAUUAUCGAAAUUUUCGCAAGAUUCAUCAUCCACUAUUGAACUUGUUGGAUUUGAUGGCCCAUCCUUCCUUGUUAAACAAGAUUCUCAAGUUUAUUGGAUAACCGAUAUGUUAACCUCAACACUUCAAUUUGAAGCCAUGCACCUUAAUUUAUCCAAUGAUGGAAUCAAAAAUAGAAUAAUAUUUUCAGGACAUGUUGGAAUUGAUACCAAGUUCUGGUAUACUGUAUUCGCUACGGACAAUAAUCAAUUUUGUGUGUUGAAAAUUCCAAUCACUCUAAAUGAAGAGUGCUCAUUUGAAACCUCUUCAUCAUCGUUGGCUGCUAAUUUUCCUCUUCCACCAUCCAGUUAUUCUUCAAUUUGCACCUGCUUGACUUAUUGUACUAGAUCAGAUAGCUCAGUAAUAACUGGUGUUUUUGGAACAUUAGAAAAAGAAGUUCUUUUUUUCAACGCCGACUCUGUAACAAGAUGUCUCAAACUUUCAUCCAUCCCAGUGAAAAUUCAGCCUUUAAACUUGAAUGUAAGACCUGUCCAUGAAGAAUAUGUUCUUGUACACACCUCCGAUAGAUCGCUAAAACUAAUUUCCAUUCUAGAUUUGUCCAUUGUAAAAGAUCAAUUCAUUUGUACUCCUGUAAUGAGAGCACUUUCAACUCAAAUUGAAAAUACAAAUAAUCAUAUUAAGCAGUUUGAAAAUAUCAAAAAAGAAAAGCAAAACUUAUUGAGGCAUCAAAAUAGAGUUACGCAAGAAAUUUUGGAUGAAUUUCAGAAGAAUGGUGAUAGCAAGCAUCAUGCAACUGAAGACAAUGGUGAAACUCAAUCCCAUUAUUCAUUGUAUGAAAAUGGAAUUAACGUUUCUUUUCAGAACAACAAAUCACUCGAGAACAAUAUUUUCUAUGAUUCUGUAUCGGAUGUAACAAGAAUGGAAUCAAGGUGCUCUCUCUCAGACACGGAUAUUAUUUUGAAGUCAGCCUCACAAGCUUUAAACACCAAAUAUUGGGAUAUUAGAAGUUGUUUCAUGACCAAAAAUGAUAUGGAUGUCAUUUUACUUCCGAUACCGAAUACAUUCCCAUUACAAGUCGAAAUAUUUAAGAACAAUGACCUUUCUGACUCCUCUCAAUAUAUUAAUUUAACAACACGCAUUGAGAUUCCGCCCAACUAUGCAGAUGACGAUUUUUCUGUGAAAUGCCUGUUGAUUAAGAGAAAACCAAAUUCCGAAAAAUUAUUUGAAUAUAUUGGAGUUUUGCAGCCAUCAGUAACAGAAAAGUUAUUUGGCCUUAAACAAUCUAUCAAGAGCAAUUUUGCAGACAUUCAAAACACACAAUUAAUAUUUAUCAUGAAACAUGAAAUGUCCUCUGUUGACAAAUCAUUGAGACACAUUUUGAGUGAAAUAUUUAUUGAUAGACUCUUUAUGAAAAACACAAACCAUAAUGACUAUGAAUAUUGCUCUUACUCCAAAGGUUAUAUUUCACCCUUAUUUUACAAAGUAAUGAUUGGCUAUGAAUCAACAACUUGUACAGAGAGUGCUCUUAUUUGUGAUAUUUUGAGUGACACCACAGAAAAUAUGAUAUUGGUUCUCACAACUAUCUUUGAUCAUCUACCAGAAAAUGUCAUUGCCAUACCCUCAGCUUUUGCAGAAAAUGUAAUGAAACUUAGAAAAGAAGUCUGUGUCAAUAUCAAUAAGGAGAUCAAUCAUGUAAUUUUCAAAAUGCAUGAUCAUGUCAAACAAAGCACAAUGAUGAAUCCGAGAGAACAAGAGCUACAACAAGACUUGCUCGAAUAUUUAUCACUGCAAAUCGAAACAGAUCAAUCCAUGUUGAAUUUAUUGGAUACUCUUGAUUGA